CCCGUGACCCUCCCUUUCGCAAGUAUAAACCCAUAUUUGAUUAGCGCCUUUUCAAAUUUCGAUGUUGUACCGGGGAUGCAAGCUCUGCUGCUAUCCCAAUGCAGACACAACAUCAUUCAACACUCAUCAGAUCAGUACACCUGCUGGUGGGGUACGGAACGCUCGGCCUUCAACGAGACAAGAUUGGCACUUGAGCAUACAUAUUUAAGACGACCGCACGCUGCUUUACCACAGUCCUCUCAUCGCUAAUCCUCCGAGGCCAUGUCCUGCAAUAUAACAUCUGAGGCCAUAAUGGCUGCCAAAGACACAUCGCGGCACGUCUCUGACAAUCAUCAGGACAAGCGCGCAGCUCAGCAGAAAUCCGACACAGACGACAUCCGCCCUUCUGAUCCAGAGUCGCAGGAGUGGAAGGAUAGCACCCCGGCAACAGUAGCACUACUAGCAAGAGUCGGCGAGCUACCACCCGAGCUCCACAAGAUGAUCUACGACCACGUGAUCCAACUUCCCGCCAGAACGCGAAUCUCAGUCGAUAAACACUUUCGACUGCCAUCAGUGCUCCAUGUCAACUCUGCCAUACGCGAAGCACUUUUCUCGGAGUAUGUGACGACAAACCGAUUCCACUUCGCGACGCCGGAUCUGGUCUGGCCAUGGGUAUACGAUUGUGUUGGCACCCGCGGUCUUUACAAUAUCACGAUCCGCCUCCACGAUGGCAUACUCCAUGCCACUGUAUUCGAGAGAUCCACUUGGUCGGUGAUCGUGGGUCACUGAGGCUUUUCUGGCAUCGAAGGUAUAUCUCUGCAUUUCUGCACGAGUCUGAGGCAACCGAUCUAUCGAAGCGGAACAAGCAAGAGAUCAAAAUCGCAGCGAGAUAUCGACAAGGACCGGUGCUUCUGAAUUUCCGAAUGGCUGUCAACAGCUGGUUGUCAACGCAGAUUGCCCCGGCGCAUCAGAGGAAAAGCGAGAUAACGAUAUGCGACAGGAGGAAAGUGAAUGAUGACGCAACUCACCGCUAUGCAAGUACUCGCCUCUCCACGGAAAGAUGAACAUCGAGGCCACCAGGUGGGACCCUCCCAAAGCAAUGGGCAUCAGCCACCGAGCUGAAGGGAAGCCGAAUCACAUCAGGAGUAAUUCGGCCCGCAGCAGUUUCUCAGUUGCUCGAACAACAUCUGCGGCAACACUUAGAAAAGUAUCUGAAUUUUUCAACGAGCUUCGAAUUUCAGAGAUUAUUUUGUCAGUCUAAUAGUGAUCCAAGAUCUCCCACUUGUCACAGUAAUUCCGGUUCUCCAAAAUUAUAUUUCGACAUUUUCCACGGCUCUGUCGCAAACCCACCAGCCAGGCCAACGGAAAGCAGGUUGCUACCGGCAGACCGCCCGCGUCGUCCACGGAAAUACAGAAAAUGCAAAAGACUAAGGUCCAUAAAGCUGCUCGAUCGGGACAGUGCACGAUGUGGUACAAAAGAAGCUUGUAGGCCAGUUGUAUUCUAUGUCAUCCCACGCGAACCAGGGACUGCAACAUGGGACUCAUGUCCCCUGAUCUCCACAUUCACCUGAUCCGAGCGGUACCGCGCGAUGAAUGCAGCUUUGCAAUCGACGAAAAAGGACAUCCGAC